CGUUUCGCGCAGCCGCCCGCGCGGCUGCGAGUUGGCGCGUCGCGCAGGCGGCGGCGGCAUGGGGCUGAGCCGGGUGCGGGCAGUCUUCUUCGACUUGGACAACACGCUCAUCGACACGGCCGGGGCGAGUCGGAAGGGCAUGUUGGAGGUGAUAAAGCUCUUACAAUCAAAAUACCAUUACAAAGAAGAGGCUGAAAUCAUCUGUAACAAAGUUCAAGUAAAACUCAGCAAGGAAUGUUUUCAUCCUUCUAAAAGCUGCAUUACUGACCUCAGGACUUCACACUGGGAAGAAGCAAUCCAGGAAACAAAAGGUGGUGUGGCCAAUAGGAAAUUAGCUGAAGAAUGUUAUUUCCUAUGGAAAUCUACACGUUUACAGCAUAUGACACUAGCAGAAGAUGUCAAAGCCAUGCUCACUGAACUUCGAAAGGAGGUCCGCCUACUUUUAUUAACAAAUGGAGAACAACAGACCCAGAGGGAGAAGAUCAAGGCUUGUGCCUGUCAGUCCUAUUUUGACGCUAUUGUUGUAGGUGGAGAGCAGAAAGAGGAGAAACCGGCACCUUCCAUAUUUUAUUACUCCUGUGAUCUCCUUGGAGUACAGCCUGGGGACUGUGUGAUGGUUGGUGACACACUAGAAACCGAUAUACAAGGAGGCCUCAAUGCAGGGCUGAAGGCAACAGUCUGGAUAAAUAAAAAUGGAAUGGUGCCAUUGAAGUCAUCCCCCAGGCCGCAUUAUAUAGUUUCUUCUGUGCUAGAGUUACCUGCUGUCUUACAAAGUAUAGACUGCAAAGUCAGUGUGUCUGCUUAAAGCACAAAAAAGGGUAUGCUUACGAGUUUUAGGGUCAAAUUAUAGGGUUUGAACUAAGAAAAGUUAAGGCAUUCUAUAUACUAUGACCCAGUUCUAAGGAUAAUUAUACUUGUCAUGUAAUGGCCAACCAACCGUUGACUGGUAUUUAUAUCUGAAAAUCCAGAUUACAUUAUUACAAGUUAUUUUUAGUAGUGUAACCCAGAAGACUUGAGGAAGUAUAUUUGUUAAUCUGUGGCUUGAGAUUUUUUUAAAAAAUUAUUUUGUUAAUCUCUUAGCAUCUUGGAUCUAUGAAGAUACCAAGGAGGAUAACUUAUACAUUGAUGCACAAAUACAGAUUUUAUGUUUUGGCUUAAAAAUAGGUAUUUUUUAAAAAAUAGAUGUUCUAAAACAUAUAUACUAGAGAUUUAUUAGAGCAGUUGGAUCUGGUUAUUAUAAGUACCAACUCACUUGCAAAUCAAGGCAUUUCACAGUGAAAUUAUUUUCAUAUUUUCUGUUUCAAAAACAUGCACCAUAUUUUUGCCUACUUUGAACGUAUACUUCUCUUAUGAAUCUAAUUUUUCUGCAUUACCUUUGGGGCGUGGGGGGGAUAAUUUUCCUAUGGUGUGUACAUGACCAAUAAAUUCCUCCAGUAAAAAAGCUGUUAAAAUCAGCAUAUGGUGCUCCUUUUCCAUUACAUUUUCACAUCUUUCCAGGGUGAGCUUAUAGGUUCCUGUUAGUCUUUGCCUCUUAUGGAAGUACUUUUACUAAUCUUUUCCCAGGUAUGCAGUGAGGUUGAGGGACCAGUCUGUCUUGCUGUGGAUGAGUGCAAGCCACAUGGCCCCAGAAGUCACUUUCCUGGGAGUUGCCUUGGUGUGGCCUAAUCAUGCUGCCCCCCAUCUGUUGUCUGCUGACUGGAUAGUUUCACCCAUAUGAUGAAAACUAAUAGAAAAUUAGGUUUUGCUAUGAACCGUUUCCGGAGUGCCAUUUUAAUACUUGACUGGCUCUUUUUGGUGUUACCAUCUGCCUUAAGUCUCCUGUUUUUCAAAUUUUGGGAACUAUGUCAUUGUUUCACAAAUUUCUGUAUCCAUUUCAGAGUUUGCUUUGAGCUUAGUAAUUAAAACUCCAUAGGGAGGCAUCUUGCAACUAGAAAAAUUUCUCAAGACCAUUAGGCCAGAAAGUCUCAUGAUUUCACCAGCCAAACUUAGAGUAAAAUGGUUAAUUAAGGAAAAAAGAAAUAAUGAUUAGGGUUGUUUUUUGGUAGGGUGUUUUUUUUUAACUUUUGUAUAGGAAACUACUAGUGUAAGAUGUUCGGUAGUUGGGGUGUAUUUAGCUAGGGCUCCUUCAAGUAUUCUACGAAGAACAGGAUUCUCUGCCAUUGUGCAUGUGCCUGUUGCACUUCUCACUCUUAAUUUUUAAAAAUGUGAUUGUGCCCUUGACUGUUCACUCUGAAGCUGAACAUUUGUGGACAGGGAAUGUUUAUGUAUAGCUCUUCCAGGUACGGUGUCCACGUGACCUCAAUUAUAUUGUAGCUAUUUGAAAAUUGUUAAGUUGGAGGAUGUUGACAGGAAAAUAGUUGUGUGCAUGAUUUCUCCAGUGGGCUGAGCGUGAUGCUGAGAGCUUGUCCUUUCAGCUCACCCACAGGAUGGGUCUAGACACAGCGCGUUCACUGUGCUCACUGAGAAGGCUCAUUGCUCCCAGACCAUGGCAGCAGAUCUCCUAGGAUGUUAUGUGAGCAGUUCGUCAGCAAAAGUGAUCUGGCGGGGAAUGAAAUAAUUGAGUUUUUUGUAAUGUAAUAUUACAUUCCAUUUGCACUUUUCCUUAGGGAAGAACUUUGUGGUUUUCUGCCUUCUGAGUGGAAUGUUACAGAAGAUAUUAAGAAAUCUUGGAAUAGACCUAUUUUAUUAAUAAUGUUUUUGUUUUAGAAUAAUAUUUUGUUUUUCAUAGUUUCCCAUACUCCUAGAAAGCCAUAAAUUCUCAGUUGUCCAGAGGCUUUCCCAAACACUCAUUACAGAGGAAGGCCUAGAGUAGACACGAGUGGACACUGCCCCUGGAACACUGACACAGUGAUGGAUGUUUUCUGGUUCCAUACACAUGUCCACCCACUGGUGCAUGAACAUCUUAGGUAUGGUGGUGCCCAGGACCCAGCAAGUGUGAAUACUGUGGGAAAGACAGGUUUCUUAGUUACAGAGGUACUUGGUUUAGCACUUUCAGAUUUCUUUGCAACCCACAAUAGGAAACAUUUUCUGUCACAACCCAUUAAACACAUUUAUAGUGAACAUUUAGUUAAUAUCAGUGUGUGUAUGUUAAAUAUAUAUUUAACAAACAAAACUACUUCCUUGCUGUGCACGAUGCUCAGGUUUUUUUCAUUCCAUCAUUUUUUAAAUUGGGGAACAUAUUUUUUUCAUUUUUGAACAAGUACUUGUGGUACUUGUACAAGUAUUUGUGGUACACAAGUCAAAGAGUGAAAACGUGAAUAGCAAAAAGUCCGUCUCAUCUCUUUUCCAGCAACCCGCCUGCCCUAAAGGCCUCUGCUGUCAGCAGUUUCCUGUGUAUCUGCGUAUAUAGGUAGGUAUGAGUAUAUAGAAUUCCUCUGAUUCAGGCAGGUUUUUAUUCCUGCUUUUCAGUUUUAGGAGGCAGUGAUCUUGCUAAGAAACUGAUUUAAAAAGUCAUGAAGCUUCUGUGAGUCGUUCAUGUUAGGAGCAUACAUCUUUGAUCUCAGCCAUCCACUGUUGUUUAUAAAGGUGAUGGUUCCAUUGGCUUUUACUGGGCCAGUUGUUCACUUUGAGGUCAGUACAGCUGUGAAACCCUUGCUCCUGCCCCAGUCUAAUUGCCCUCUUCUGGUACCUAUCACCAUCCUGGAGAUUCCCUUUGCCUCUUAGGUUGGAUGUCCUGUGCCCUGUGUAUUCCCUUUUUUGAUUUGUUCCCCCUUUGAUGGCAUGCAUCCUUGAGUAGUUUCCCUAUAAAUGUGAGAGAUAAAAAUAUUCAGAUCUUAAGUGUCUGAAAAUGCCUUUAUUCUCUUCUCCCAUCAUUGAUAGUUUAACAGCAUGUAAUUGGAUAUCAUUCAGAAUUUCAAAGGCAUUGCUCUGUGGUCUAGCAGUCACUUUAAGUGACAAUUUUCUUUUUCUCUUGAAGCUCUUAGAACUUUGGUUUUUCCCCUGUGGUCCAUAAUGAUGUAUCUUGUUAUGCUUUCAUCCUCUGCUCUUGGCACUCUUGAACCUUUCCAAACAAAACCUUAUGUUCUUAGUCCUGGAAAAAUGUAAUUACUUAAUUGAUAAUUGCUUCGCCACUGUGUUUCCUGCUUCCUUUUCCUGGAACUCCUACUAUUUGGAUGUUGGACCUCUUCUACUGACCUUCCACUUUCUUUUCUUUUCUCUCCUAUUUUUCCAUUUCUUAUUUUGUUCUAUAAUGCUUUUUGGGAAGUUUCUUCAACUUUACCUUUCAAUCCUAUUGAAUUUUUUUUCCUGCCUGGCAUCAUGUAUUUCAAUA